AUGUCCGAGAAUUCUGAAUUUAAAAUCAACUCACAGUUUGCUCAAAGAUAUGACAAGUAUCGCCAGAAAGAAGAACUACAGAAAUUAAAGGACCGUUUCGGAAACAGAGAUGAAGACAGCGAGUCGUCCUCAGAAUCCAGCUCUGAUGACAGUGAAGUGGAACUUGACCCAACGUUGGAGAGAGACUUCUAUCGAACAUUAUCUCUCCUGAAGAAGAAAGACCCAAAGAUCUAUGAGAAAGAUGUGACGUUUUAUUCCGAAGUUGCAUCCACUAGUGAUGAAAAGCCAUCAACGUCUAAGAAAACAGUGAAACCUAUGUAUCUAAAAGACUAUGAGCGAAAAGUCAUUCUGGAGAGGGAUGGCAAAUUUGAAGAUGAUGAUGAAAGCGAUGAAGAGGAAGCUGCACAGAGGGAUGAGCGAGCAGCCUCUCCUACCUACAUUCAAGAACAAAAAGACCUGAAGGAGAGCUUUCGGAAGUUUAUCCAGGACAGUGAUCAAGAGGAAGAUUUGGGUGAAGAGGCUGAGUCACAGUUUCUCACCAGAAGGAUCAAAACACAAGAGGAAAAGGAUAAAGAAGAGGCGGACUAUGUGGAUUGGUUGAAAGGCCAGGCUGAGCUGGACGACCGGGAGGAGGUGACGGACAUGAAAUAUCUGCGAGACUACUGGAAUGAUCCUGAACUGGAGGAGAAGGAGCGUUUUCUCAGGGACUAUGUCUUGAACAAAGGUUAUCGAGCAGAAGAUGAAGAUGAUGAUCGGAUUCCCACAUAUGAUGAGCUGGUCCAGGACGAGGUGGAGGACUCUGAGGAGGAGGGAGAGAACUUCCUGCAGCGGCAAGAAGAGUUUGAGAGGAAUUACAACUUUCGGUUUGAAGAACCUGAUUCUCAAGAGAUCAAAACAUAUCCCAGAAACAUUGCCACAUCGGUGCGUUCUAAAGACGACAGCAGAAAACGCAAAAGGGAGGAGGUGAAGGAGCGUAAGCAGAAGGAAAAAGAGCAGAAGCAAGAGCAGCUGAAGCAGUUGAAGAACCUGAAGCGUGGUGAGAUCAUGGAGAAGCUCAAGAGACUCCAGGAGCUGACGGGAAACGACAAGCUUGCCUUCGAUCAGGGCGAUCUGGAUGGUGACUUUGACCCUCAAAAACACGACCAGCUAAUGCAGAAAGUGUUUGGGGAUGAUUACUACGGAGGAGAGGAAGAUGAGAAGCCACAGUUUGAUGAUGAUGACGAGAUGGAGGAGCAUUGGAACUGGGAUGCAUGGACCGGAGAAGGCGGAGGGGAUGAAGAGUACGAAGACUAUGGUGAGAAGGGCCAGUGCGAACCACACUGUGAUGACGACGGCUUUGUUAUGGACGCUGACUAUGACCCAACUCAGCACGUGUCUAAAAAGCAGACAAAAAAGCAGAGGUUGAAGCUGAAGAAAGAGGACAUUCCACAGAUGGGAAAGAGGAAAAAGAAAUCUCACUUUGCUGAAGUCAUUACCAAAAGCAAGCCAGUGUUCGACCCCGAGGAGAAGACCUUCGAGCAGUACUUGGAUGAGUACUACAAACUGGACUAUGAAGAUAUUAUUGACGACCUGCCGUGUAGGUUUCGCUACAGGAACGUGGUGGCAAAUGACUUUGGGCUAACCACAGAUGAGAUUUUAAAAGCAAAUGACAAGGAGCUAAACCAGUGGGCCUCUCUGAAGAAGACUUGCAUGUUCAGGUCUGAGAAAGAAGAGCUGAGUGAUUUGAAGAACUACAGUAUCAAAUCUCGAAAUGAAAAGCGGAAGAAAGAGAUUCUCAGUUCAAUGUAUUUAGAAGAGGAGCAAGAGCUGGCUGAGGGUAAAGGUAAAAUGGGCAAGAAGCGCAGAGACCGCAUCAAAAACACAGAGAAACAGGGCAGAGACCAGGACAAGGACGACACUUCUGCACCUGCUGCGUCCGUCAGCUCUACAGCAGAAGAUGUGGAGCAGGAACAAGUCCUGAUUCCAAAGAAACAGAGACCCACAGAGGCUAAAGAGAAAGUCCUGAAGGAGACAGAGGAGCAGGUGACACCAUCGACCAAGGACAAACCAUUGACCAAGGACAAACCAUUGACCAAGGACAAACCAUUGACCAAGGACAAACCAUCGUCCACGGACAAACCAACAUGGGCCAAGAAGAAGCCCAAACGUCACGGUCUGCUGUCUGCUGCUGGACUUAAGAUUGGAGGCAGAGAAUUUAGCCGACAGAGACUGAAGGCCUAUGGGCUCAACCCCAAAAGACUGUACUUCAAACAGCUGGGCCGCCAGAGACGCAAGGAGCAGCAGAAAAAGGAAAAACAGCAGAAGACUCAAGAGAAGAAUUCAUGA